UCCAUGAGGAAGCAGGAGGUGCAGACGGGCAGGGAGGCCGGCCAGGGCCAUGGCUCUGGCUCUCCAGCAGAGCAAGUGAAAGCCCUCAUGGACUUGCUGGCCGGGAAGGGCGGUCAGGGCUCCCAGGCCCUGCAGGUACCCAACAAGAUGCCGGACACCCCGCUGGGACCCCACAGCAAUGACACAAGGAUACAGAGGCUCCGUGAGGCCCUGCUGAGCAGGGCGGGAAGCAGCCUGGAGCUGGGGGGCUCCUGGCACAGGCUGACCAGCCUCCUGCUGGUGGAGGGCCUGACGGACCUGCAGCUGAGGGAGCACGACUUCACGCAGCUGGAGGCCACCCGGGGGGGCCAGCGCCCUGCCAGGACCAUUGCCCUGGACAGGCUUUUCUUGCCUCUCUCCCGGGUGUCCAUCCCACCCCGCGUCUCCAUCACCAUCGGGGUGGCCGGCAUGGGCAAGACCACCUUGGUGAGGCACUUUGUCCGCCUCUGGGCCCAAGGGCAGGUCGGCAAGGACUUCUUGCUGGUGCUGCCUCUGACCUUUCGGGACCUCAACACCCAUGAGAAGCUGUCAGCCGACAUGCUCGUCCGCUCCAUCUUUCCACACGUCGGGGAACCUGGCCUAGCGGUGGCAGCCCUGGCCAGGGCCCUCCUGAUCCUGGACGGCUUGGACGAGUGUAAGACGCCUCUAGACUUCUCCAACACCAUGGCCUGCAUGGACCCCAAGAAGGAGAUCCAGGUGGACCACCUCAUCACCAACAUCAUCCGUGGCAACCUCUUUCCGGAAGUUUCCAUCUGGAUCACCUCCCGCCCCGGUGCAGCUGGUCAGAUCCCGGGCGGCCUGGUGGACCGGAUGACUGAGAUCCGGGGCUUUAACGAGGAGGAGAUUAAGGCGUGUUUGGAGAAGAUGUUUCCUGAGGACCAGAUCCUUGUGGGCUGGGUCCUGAGCCAGGUGCAGGCCGACAGGGCCCUGUAUCUGAUGUGCACGGUCCCAGCCUUCUGCAGGCUCACGGGGUCGGUGCUGGGCCACCUGUGCCGCAACAGGCCGGGGCCCCAGGACAUGGAGCUGUGGCCUCCACGAACCCUGUGUGAGCUCUAUUCUUGGUACUUUCGGAUGGCCCUGGGCGGGGAGGGGCAGGAGAAAGGCAAACUGAGCCCACGGAUCGAACAGGUGGCGCAUGGUAGCCGCAAGAUGGUUGGGACGCUGGGCCGGCUGGCCUUCCAUGGGCUAGUCAAGAGGAAGUACGUGUUUUAUGAGCAGGACAUGAAGGCGUUUGGCGUGGACCUCGCUCUGCUGCAGGGUACCCUGUGCAGCUGCUUCCUGCAGCGGGAGGAGACACUGGCCUCCUCCACCGCCUUCUGCUUCACCCACCUGUCCCUGCAGGAGUUUGUGGCAGCUGUUUAUUACUAUAGUGCAUCCAAGAGAGCCAUCUUCGACCUCUUCACUGAGAGCAGCGUGUCCUGGCCCAGGCUGGGCUUCCUCACGCAUUUCAGAAGUGCAGCCCAGCGGGCCAUGCAGGCCGAGGACGGGAGGCUGGACAUUUUCCUGCGCUUCCUCUCGGGCCUCUUGUCCCCAAGGGUCAACGCUCUGCUGGCUGGCUCCCUGCUGGCCCGAGGCGAGCACCAGGGCUACCGGGUGCAGGCGGCUGAGCUCCUGAAAGGCUGCCUGCAUCCUGAUGCUGCAGUCUGUGCCCGGGCGGUCAACGUCCUGUACUGCCUACAUGAGCUGCAGCACACGGAGCUGGCCCGCAGCGUGCAGGAGGCCAUGGGGAGCAGGGCUCUGGCUGGGCUGACCAGCCCCCCGCACCGUGCCGCCCUGGCCUACCUUCUGCAGGUGUCUGAUGCCUGCGCCUGGGAGGCCAACCUGUCCCUGUGCCUCAGCCAGGGUGUCCUCCAGAGCCUGCUGCCUCAGCUGCUCUACUGCCAGAGCCUCAGGCUGGACACCAACCAGUUCCAGGACACCGUGAUGGAGCUGCUGGGCAGCGUACUGAGCAGGAAGGACUGUCGCAUCCAGAAGCUCAGUUUGGCUGAAAACCAGAUCAGUAACAAAGGGGCCAAAGCUCUGGCCAGAUCCCUCCUGGUCAACAGAAGUCUCACCACUCUGGAUCUCCAUGCUAACUCCAUCGGACCACAAGGGGCCAAGGCGCUGGCAGAUGCUCUGAAGAUCAACCGCACUCUGACCUCUCUGAGCCUCCAGAGCAACACGAUCAGGGAUCACGGGGCCAAAUCCAUGGCUGAGGCCUUGACCUCCAACCGGACCCUCUCCGUGCUGCAGCUGCAGAAGAAUACCAUUGGGCCCAUGGGAGCCCAGCGGAUGGCAGAUGCCCUGAAGCAGAACAGGAGUCUGAAAGAGCUCAUGUUCUCCAGUAACAGCAUUGGCGAUGAAGGCACCCAGGCCCUGGCUGAGGCCCUGAAGGUGAACCGGGGCCUGGAAAGCCUGGACCUGCAGAGCAAUUCCAUCAGCGACGCAGGAGUGGCAGUGCUGAUGGGGGCCCUCUGCGCCAACCAGACCCUCCUCAGCCUCAACCUGCGAGAGAACUCCAUCAGCCCAGAGGGAGCCAGGGCCCUGGCUCACGCCCUCUGCACCAACAGCACCCUCAAGAACUUGGACCUGACAGCCAACCUCCUGCACGACCAGGGCGCCCAGGCCAUUGCGGUGGCAGUGAGAGAAAACCGCACCCUCACAUCCCUUCACUUACAGUGGAACUUCAUCCAGGCCGGUGCUGCCAAGGCCCUGGGACAAGCCCUGCAGCUCAACAGGAGCCUGGCCAGCUUGGAUCUGCAGGAGAACGCCAUCGGGGACGAGGGGGCUUCUGCGGUGGCCAGUGCGCUGAAGGCAAACACAGCCCUCACUGCUCUCUAUCUCCAGGUGGCUUCCAUUGGCGCCCAGGGGGCCCAGGCGCUAGGGGAGGCCCUGGCUGUGAACAGGACCUUGGAGAUUCUCGACUUACGAGGAAACACCAUUGGAGUGGCUGGUGCCAAAGCCCUGGCAAAUGCUCUGAAGGUAAACUCAAGUCUCCAAAGACUCAAUCUUCAAGAGAAUUCCUUGGGGAUGGAUGGAGCAAUCUGCAUUGCCACUGCACUGUCUGGAAACCAUGGGCUCCAGCACAUCAAUCUCCAGGGAAAUCACAUUGGGGAAUCUGGCGCCAGGAUGAUCUCAGAGGCUAUCAAGACAAACGCUCCCACAUGCACUGUUGAAAUGUGA